AGGCAAGCGUGUUAGAGGAAACAAACAUGGCGGCUCGCAGAGGCCGCUUCUUGCGGGAAGGUUGUUUGUAAAGUUAAAGGUGCUCCGAGAGAAGAGGCGGCAUGCUGAGCCGGACGAUAAAGCAGGUGUCUUUAGCUCUGCGGGAGGGACGAAUCUCUCCGACAGAGCUCUGCAGAAAAUGCCUAAAUCGCAUCAGGAAAACGCAGCACCUGAACGCUUACAUCACGGUGACAGAGGAGCGUGCUCUGGAGCAGGCUGAGCAGGCAGAACGCAGACUGCAGCGAGGUGUGCCCAAAGGUCCUCUGGAUGGAAUCCCGUUUGCUGUCAAGGAUAAUUUCUGCACGGAGAAUAUCAGGACCACAUGUGCCUCCAGGAUGCUUAAAGACUACACUCCUCCUUAUAACGCCACAGUGGUCCAGAAACUCCUCGACCAGGGGGCAGUUUUAAUGGGGAAGACCAACAUGGAUGAGUUUGCAAUGGGUGCGGGCAGUACUGAUGGUGCUUUCGGCGCCGUAAAGAACCCCUGGGGUUACGCCGCGCCCUACGGAGAGCGGACAAGGGCAGACCCGGACUCUGACUGGGUCGUCACUGGAGGCAGUUCAGGUGGAAGCGCCGCAGCUGUGGCCUCGCUCACCAGCUACCUAGCUUUGGGUUCAGACACGGGCGGAUCCACGCGGAACCCCGGGUCGUUGUGUGGCGUCGUGGCCCUGAAGCCCACUUACGGCCUGCUGUCCAGACACGGUCUCAUCCCCCUCGUUAACUCCAUGGACGUCCCGGGCAUAAUGACACGCAGCGUGAACGAUGCGGCCGUCGUCUUAGGUAUCCUCCAAGGCCUCGAUGUCAGAGAUUCAACAACAGUUCCCGCCCCUUCAUCACUAGCAGAGCUUCCUGAAGACUUUGAUGUUAAGAACAUCUGUGUGGGCAUCCCUAAGGAGUAUCACGCCCCGGGCCUCUCCGAGGAGACUCUGGCCCAGUGGAGCAGCGUGGCCGACUUGUUUGAGGAAGCCGGAGCGCGGGUAGAGCGAGUGUCGCUCCCCCAUACGCAGUACUCCAUCGUGUGCUACCACGUCCUGUGCCACGCCGAGGUGGCGUCCAACAUGGCCCGGUUUGACGGCCUGGAAUACGGCCACCGCAGCCAGAUGGACAGCUCGACAGAGGUCAUGUACGCCUCGAGCAGACACGAGGGCUUCAACGACGUCGUCAGAGGGAGGAUUCUGUCCGGGAACUACUUCCUGCUAAAACGGAACUACCAGCACUACUUUGUGAAGGCUCAGAAAGUUCGCCGGCUCAUCGCCAACGACUUCCAGCACGUGUUCAGCUCUGGUGUCGAUGUGCUGCUGACGCCCACCACGCUGACGGAUGCGGCUUGUUACCGCGACUUCACUCAGGAAGAUAACCGAACGCGCAGCACACAGGAAGACGUCUUCACUCAGCCCGCCAACAUGGCAGGUCUCCCUGCAGUCUCUGUGCCGACGGCUUUGUCGAGACGGGGCCUUCCCAUCGGCCUACAGCUCAUAGCCCCCGCUCUCCAAGACCAGAAGCUUCUCAGCGUGGCCCGGUGGAUCGAGCAGAGGGUUGGUUUCCCUUCCAUCAGUGACUUUGAGGACUCGGGAAUGACGAGACGGGAGCAGACGGGAGCUGCGUGAGGAGCUUGAAGCUUCUCCAUUACUGUCUGCCGUCACAGCUGACUUUAUUUGUCGUGCUAAUAAACAUGCAUUUUUUCUAAGGUCUUUUUUUUAAUCC